UUUUCUUGCCACGCACGUGGUGGGAUUUUUUAUCUUGAGUUGUACCCGACACGGGUUGUAUUUCGGGUUUCUACUUACAUUAAAAGUAAAUUUACUUCAUCCUUUCGUUUUUUUCCAGAUAUUUCUGCUGCUCUUACGUUUAGUUUCUAAUUGAAACGUUUUAUUUUGGCGAUAAUCAUGUCAGACGAUGAACCUUCGACUUCGAAGGGUCGACAUACACGUCAGGCUCAUGCCGACGAUAUCAUGCAAUUAUUUGCCUCUGAAGAUGAGGGCAGUUUCUCGGGGUUCGAACUUGAUAAAAAUUUGGCUGACGAAAUUAUAGAGCAGGCGUCAGAAUCUCAUGAUUUGGCGACAUUGCCUCAAUCUGUAAAUUCUACAAAUAAACAAACCGGAAGUGCAAGAGGCACAAGAAAACGCAAACCGGGUCAGUCUAAAACCGGAAAAAACCCCAAAAAACAAAAAGUAAAUAAAGAAACUAUUUGGCAAAAUAAAAUGGAUGAAGUUUUAAACCAAGUGUUGGAAACUGCAAAUUUUGCUAUUAGAAAAAUUAAUGAGAGUUCUCAAGAAGCUAUUACCAAUAGAAGUGUAAACCCACCUGUAAAUACAUGUAAUGACCAAAGCAAGUCUAGUACCACAUGUACAAAUCAAAAUGACCAAAAUGACCAAAGCAUGUCAAAUGAGAUAGAGUCUCACCAUGAUAUUUUUUCAGACAAUGAACAGCAAGACCUUGAAAAUGAUAACGAGAUAGACGAUUUUUUGAGCGAAAUGCCAAAAAUAUUUGAAGACGAUGAAAAGUUUGGUGAGGAAACCAACGAAAAUAUUUCUAAAAUGGUGCAAUCAAUUGUGAAGAAAAAGUCAGAUGUUAAGUCUAUUGUCAAAGAAUUAAAAAUUCCAUCAAACUGUAAAGAUUUGUCACCUCCUGCAGUUAAUUCUGAAAUUUGGCAUUUCUUAGAUAGAAACAUAAAAUCUAAAGAUUUAGGUUUACAAACAGUACAGAAACUGUUGGGCCAUGGCAUUGUCCCUAUUAUUAGAAUGGCUGAGGAAUUAAAAAGUAAAUCACCAGAUUCAAAAAAGUUGAAAAAAUGCAUAUCAGACUCACUAACAGUACUUUUGAAUGCCUUUUUUGAAAUUUCUGUAAAUAGACGAUUAUUAAUGAAACCGUUCAUUGACAAAAGGUAUCAUCAGCUUUGCAAUAGAAAUGAAAAAAUAGGGGAUAACAAGUUAUUUGAAGAUGUCGGAAAGAGAUUGAAAGACAUAAACGAUGCACAAAAAAUAAAUAGGAAUUAUUUCUCAAAAAACUUUCGAGGAAGUCGAGGCAACAGAAUGAUGACAAACCCUCAGUCGAGUUACAGUCAGAGAGGGAGAUACAGAACAGGACAGUUCAGCUACAGUACAGACCAGAACAAGAGCUUUGUACGGGGAGCAAGAGGCAGGAGAAAUCUGCGCAGAAGUUACUACAAUUAGAGUCAGAUGGCAAAAGUGUUGCAGAAAAUAGAGGACGAACAGAGGGGCAUCAUGUUCAACAGCAUACCUGUCGGGGGUCACCCUAAACGACAUACUUUCUACAGCGAAUUGGUCCUCAGCUACCACUUUCCACCGAUUUUACAAUAAAGAUAUUCAGGAUGAAAAUUCAUUUUCUUCCGCUGUGCUUUCCAGGAAGGAGAAACUGUGACUGUGUGAUCAUGGACAUAAUACAUGAAUAGUCUAGGAUUUGAUUUUUUCAGUGUUACUGUUAUGAACGUUAUUUUUGUGAAAGAAAGUAUAACAAUGUACAUGAUAACACUUCAAUUGUUUAAUUUUCUAAAAUAAAUAUUGAUUAUGUUUUUCUUUUUUCUGUUUUUCAUAAACAUGUGUUCUUUAGUUCUGAUUCUAUAUCCUAUUGGUAUUACCUGAGGAAUCACAAAUGAUUAAGAAGAUAAUAAUUUUCCUUAUGCAUAAAUUUACAAGGUCUGAAUUUUUAACAUUUAUUGAGAGGCUUUAAAGAAUUCAAUGUCAACUUGAGAAUGCCAGAAGGCAUACGAAAUAGAAUGCCCCCCUUAUCCAAGCAUCUCUGAUGUGCAGGAUAAGGGUCAUUCUAUAAGGAAGCCUGACGGCUUCGAGAGUUGACCUUCCCAUCCCUAUCUCAUGUCUACUAUUUAAUAUAUAUAUCUACAAUAAUUUAAUGGCAGUGUAUUUGAUCCCGACCCUGAUUAUCUCUCAAUAAAUGUCAAAUAUUCUGCUUAACUGUAAAAAGAGAACGCGUUCGAAAGGCACAGGGGCUUUUAUAUGGAAGGAGACAAUAGCCGGGUGAAUUUUCUUUAGAAAAUCACUCGGCUGUGAAGUAGGCUCUGUCGUGAUAAACUAAGAAUAGAAAUUCAAUGUCAACUCUCGAAGCCGUCAGGCUUCCUUAUAGAAUGACCCUUAUCCUGCACAUCAGAGAUGCUUGGAUAAGGGGGGCAUU